CCUCUGCUUGCCAAGCUGUAAACAAAGGAAGCUUGUAACACGAACCUGGGAAACGAAGACCCGCAUUAUGAACAUGAAGGCAUUCGGACUAGUGACAAGCCUUCUGCUGGCGGUUCUGAUCUUGUCACCUGCAAGCGAUGCCCGGCUGCUAAGAGGCCCGCAUUAUGAACAUGAAGGCAUUCGGACUACUGACAAGCGUUCUGCUGGCGGUUCUGAUCUUGUCACCUACAAGCGAUGCCCGGCGGCUGAGUGAAAGACCAGGUUCUUGCCCCGACACCAGGGGCAUCUUCGGGGCGUGUGUAGUCACGGACAGGAACUGCUUCAGUGACAGCGAGUGUCCUCGCCACCAGAAGUGUUGUUCCUAUGGCUGCGGCAGGGAAUGUCUCAAUAUAGUUACUUGAGUUCCAGAUUAAAGAUACUUCAAUUAAUGAAGUUAAUAGGAUGAAGUUUCAUAGAUAUUUUAAGUUUGAAUAUUGGCAAUAAAUGUCGAACUUUCAACUCUUGUGUCAAAACCAGUUGCAAUACUUUUAUCAAAUAAACUGUAAGACUUUG